AUGAAUUUUGGGCUUCCUUUUGCUCUCCUCAUCAUUUCUCUGGCCAUAUCGGCCGAGUCAUUAUCCUACGGCAGCACACAUUGGGGUCGAACCAUGUUCUCGAGCACUGUCCGCGAUGGAAGUGUGGGUGCAAGGCAAACAUGUCGUGGCCCCUUGAGUGAGUGCAUAGGCAAUGAGGAAGAAACGGCCAUGGAAUGGGCGAUAAGCCGUAGGGCAUUGGCUGAAGGGAAAAGGUACAUUAGCUACGGUGCCCUCAAGCGGAACAGCGUUCCAUGCAAUCGUCGGGGCAAUUCCUACUACAACUGUGGCGCCCCUGGGCGGGCUAAUCCUUACAACAGAGGGUGCAGUGUCAUCACACAUUGCUAUCGAUACACUGGUUAA